UCAGAGUCAGAUGUCUUCAUAAGCAGAGGCAGCACACAUCGGCCAGGUGAACAAACACAACAGUUUCUAACGCUCCUGCCCUGAAGACCUACUCUCUUAUCACCCUGGGGCCUUCACUCAACCUCCACUCCAGGGAUGGAGCCACUUGUGGGUGUGAAAAUUGGCUGCCUGCUAGCCUUGCUGACUCUCACUCUGUUCUGUGGCAUUAUUCCUAUCUGCUUCAAAUGGUUCCGGAUCCAUGCAGCCACAGCAGGGAAGCACCGGCGGGUCCUCACUCUCCUAGGCUGUAUAUCAGCUGGAGUGUUUUUGGGAGCAGGGCUCAUGCACAUGACAGCCGAGGCCCUGGAGGGCAUUGAUUCAGAGAUCCAGAGCUAUUUCCUACAGAACAGGACGAGAAAUGAGGGAAAUGCUUCUGACACCACUGAUUCAACUGAUGUGGAUUACCCGUUUGGGGAGCUCAUCAUCUCCCUAGGCUUCUUCUUGGUCUUCCUAUUGGAGUCACUGGCACUGCAGUGGUGCCCUAAUGGUACCAGGGGGUCAAAAACAUGUGAGGAGGAAUGGGGUGGGGCCCAUGCUGCCCAUUCCUCAACCCUUCACAGUCACGGACCCCUGCCAUCACCCUCUCAGAGGCCCUUUAGGGCUCUGGUUCUCUUGCUUUCACUCUCCUUUCACUCAGUGUUUGAGGGACUGGCUGUGGGGCUGCAGUCUUCAGUACCAGCUGUGCUGCAACUUUGCCUGGCUGUCCUGGCGCACAAGGGAUUAGUGGUAUUUGGGGUGGGACUUCGACUGGUGCAGACAGGCACAGGGCGGCGAUGGGCCCUGAUCUCCAUCUUGGCAUUGGCCCUCAUGUCCCCCCUUGGUCUAGCUUUGGGGAUGGUUGUGGCUGGGGGAAAUUCUGAGGGGGGAAGGGCCUUAGCCCAGGCUGUAUUAGAAGGUGUGGCAGCUGGCACUUUCCUCUAUGUAACCUUCUUUGAAAUUCUUCCCCGGGAACUGGCCACCCCUGAAUCCCCUCUAGCCAAAUGGGGUUGUGUGGCAGCUGGUUUUGCCUUCAUGGCCAUAAUUGCCAUCUGGGCAUGAAUUAUCCCCUACUCUAAGAGAUUGUUCUUAUCCAGGUAACUAGCCUGAGUGAACAUCCCCCCUCUGAGCUGGCCCUAGUCCUCAAACAUUUUUGUUUAGCCUUCAUGGCAUGCAUCCAGCACCAUCUUCAUAACUGGAUUCUAAACUUCUUUUAUAGGGUCUUUGCUUGGGUCACCUAGCUCUGAAAUAGGAAAGAGCUUGGGGUGGGAGGUAGAGGGGAGGGGGCGGCAGAGAAAGGGAGGGCAGGAGAAUGAAGAUGGACCCUUUUUUGCCUAUUGCCCUAGACUUGGAUAUCAGCACCACCUACGGUACCAUGUGUAAAUAAAUGUCAGUCCUCCUUCCACUUCGUUUUAGCCUCUGUGUUUCGACUUCCCUGUUUGGCAUUAGGGCAGGCUGAUGUAGCAAGUAAGGGAGGGUGGGAGAGGACAGUAGGGCCAGAACUGCAAUACAACGGCCUCUUCCUGGGUUAGGCCCUAGCCUUUUUGCUACACAUUGGCAGAUGAAGCUGGUUGUAGAGGGAUGAAUUGCUGAGAUACCGGGGAUCCCCUUUAUCCUCCCUUCUCUCCUCAUUGGUACUGGCAACAAACAACCAGAUGGCCAAGCAGAGAGAGCUGAACAGAACCCAAGGACUCCCUCCCCACCCACUCCUGCCAGUCAUCUUUGCACGUCAGGAUGCAUUAAUCCUGUCUCUUACCCUGAACCCAGUGUUCUCUAAACCCAGGCCCCUUUCCUGCUCCCUCAGGCUGAAGAAUUAAGAUACAGUGUGUUUAGGAAGGAAGAAAGGCGCCAGAUAAAUGCCUGGAUGAACCACAGCUCAGCCCUAGCCUCCACACCGAUGCUGUCACUGUACUCCUCCCCCAGACUGCUCACUUUUCAUCUUGAAUCUCCCUUGCUGUUCCUGUGUCCUCCUGAAAUGCUGGCAAACAAACUAGUUUCUCUAGGAUCCGGAAGGGGAAAGAUUGUGAUGCUUUUUUGGCAGGGGUGCUGAAAUGGAGAUGUCCUGGAGUUUACAUGAAAAAUCUAGGGAAAUGAGUAUGUGCAUUCCCCUACCUCAGAUUUUCCUUAUUGGAGAAUAAGGGAGGGGAGGAGGGAGUUGGAAACUGGUGUAUCACAUUCUCAGAUCUGCUCUUAUCUGGUUUCUCUAUCUCUUGCUCAUCCUGUUUCCCUUAAUACCACAUAAAUCAUCCAGACCUGUGAAUAAACCUAAUCCUAAUACCAGAGGUCAGGCUUUAGAAAAGUAUCUUAAAGGAAAUUAAGUUCUACAGUCUUAGUUCUAACUUCUUCCUGUGCCCCCCUCCCUUUAACCUCAAUGACCUUAUUCUUUAUGCAUGGGGGAGAUGGGAGUAGGCUAGGGAACUGGUUGGUUCUAGAGGCAUGGGAAGAAGGUGUCUCCAGAUGUUGGAGCAAUGAGAUGACUUCCUGGCAGAAGUAGAGCACCAUGUUUCUGGGUCACUGAUGAAUAUGAAGCGAUGUGAAGUGGACGCAGGGUUCUUCAGGCAUGAUUGGGUAAUACCUUUCUCUUUUCCAGAAUCUUUUCUAACCCAGUGUACCACCAUUCUCUUCCUUAUUACUAUCUCUUCACCCUUGGGAUUCUCCCCACUCUAGGGAAUCUAGGAGUCACCUUGAUCCUGAAAUACACUUUCUGUAGAGCCAGAAUAACACUAGCGAACAAACUUUCUGAAGAUAAACAAACAAUAGGGGUGAUGUAAAAAGGACAGGAUUGUAGGGAGGUACCAUACUUUUCAUUAUCCACAGCAAUAAUGGGAAUAGAAGCCUUGAGCACUGGCAAAGAUACUAAAGAUGUAGAGAAGAAAUGCAUUUUCUUGAUCCAACCAUUUCGCAGAGCAAUUUGGAAC